AUGUCUAAGAUUGAUGUGCAUGAUGUUCAGUUAGUCGAGACAGUGACAACCACAUCGGACGAGAAGCCUCUCGCGGCUGUUGACAUUCGGGUCCCUCUACCUAGUGAACUUAUUCACCUUUCACUAGAGGAGCAGGACAUCCUUGAAAAGCAUAUUGUUAAAAAAAUGGACAGAAGACUGAUGCCAAUCAUCAUUGUCAUGUUUUGGUUGAAUAUUCUAGAUAGAAAUUCUAUCGCCAACGCAAAGAUUGCGGGACUCCCAAAAGACCUUAACAUGAACAACGCGCAGUACAACACAUGCCUUCUUAUUUUCUAUGUCGGCUAUGUUCUCACCCAGCUUCCUAGCAAUGCAAUCCUGCCAAUGGUUCGCCCGUCAAUCUAUAUCCCACUUGUCACUUGUGCAUGGGGAUUAAUGAGCAUGGCGCAAGGUUUCUUGCAUAACUUCCAAAGCAUUAUGGUCGUGCGAUUCUUCAUCGGCGUUCUGGAAGGUCCUUUCUUCCCUGGGGUGAUAUUCCUUCUGUCUUGCUGGUACAAGAAAGAAGAGCUGGUAAAGCGCAUAGCAUUUCUCUAUGCCGGAAAUAUCUUGUCGUCGUGUUUCGGAGGCCUCAUCGCAGCUGGCAUCAUCGGAGGCAUGGAGGGGGUCGGCGGAUAUGCUGCCUGGCGUUGGCUAUUCAUAAUUGAAGGUCUUGUGACAGUUGCGGUCGGCAUUUUGGCCAUGUUUCUGUUUCCCGACUACCCAAGAACAACUCGCUGGCUCACUAAAGAGGAAGGACUCUUUGCUGAAUGGCGUCUCGCGAAUGAAGUUGCUGGUAUCGUCGACGAAGACAGCUCUGGAAUCUGGUGGGGAGUGUCACAGGCUCUACGCGACCCUCUUACUUACCUUUUCACCUUUAUGCAAAUGAUGCUAACUACUGGCCAAUCGUUCACUUACUUCUUGCCGUCAAUUAUCAAGACGCUGGGUUACAAUAAUACCAUCACCCUCCUGCUCACUGCACCUCCUUAUGCAGUUGCGUUUCUUGGGUCGGUUGCAUUGGCAUAUUCGUCGUCUAAGAGGAAGGAGUUCUGCAUGCACAUCUGCUUUCCGCUUAUCAUCUCGGUUAUUGGAAAUAUUCUCGCCAUGACUGUUAAUGGUACCGGUGGGCGCUAUUUUGCUAUAUUCUUGAUGGCCUUUGGCGUCUACGUAGUAUAUAAUGUUAACUACGCCUGGGUCUCAUCGUCUAUUCCCCGUCCCCGAGCUAAGCGCGCUGCAUCAUUAGCAAUCAUCAAUUUGAUGUCCGGAGGUGCAACACACUUUUACACUUCAUACCUAUUCCCGGACAGUGACGCGCCCCGAUACUACAUGGGUGGUUCAGCGCUCACUGUUGCAGUGUUCUUUUGCGCUAUGACCGCUAUUACGAUUCGUUUCUACUUAGCCAGACUAAACAAGAAGAUUGAGGCUGCUGGUGGUGAUGCGGAAGCUGCGCUCCGAGCUAACAAGGGACACACAGAGACGAUGAAGGCUUUUAAAUAUCAAUUGUAG